AUGAGGUCCAGUUCUCAGAACGAUGUUCCAGAGGGGCCAGCGCAAGCCAGGAGGAAAAAGUGUCAAAGUGAAAGUGGGCUGCCAGUAGAUUUGGUCAACCAGGAGAAAUCUUUGUUGGAGGGAAUAAUCCGUGAAAGAGGUAAAAGCCUAGACGAUGCUAUAAGUCGAUAUGUCGAUAAAAUGAUUCGAAAUUCAAUCGUGGAAGCCAUUAAAAAUGUUAAUGUCGAAAGUUUGUAUGAAGAAAUAAUAAAGGAUUUUAGCGAUCACAAAUCGUUCUCAGGUUCAGAUGAAAUGCUUGUAGAUUCCAAAGAUAUUAUGUCUUCUGAAGAUUGGAAAACUAGAGAUAAUUUAUCGACAGGAAACAGAGAAUGUAAUGACUACAGCUCUGAUGAUGAAUUCAGUGAAGAUGUUUCUCAUGACGGAAAUGCGAAGGAUAUUUUAAUAAAAGAACAUAAACGUGAAAACUCAGGUGAAAUAAAGGAGGAUUCUGAGACGAAAGAAGGUAGUAAUUUCCCUAAUGAUUGCCAAGUUCGUUGCGAAGUGACAGCAAACGAGGAAUAUUUACCCGAUCUAAAAGAAUCUGUACUUGAUGGCUACCAAGCAGAUUGUGAUGAAUGUGAUAGCAUAAAUUCAAUUCUUUCUAUUUCGAGUGAUGGCAAACUUGAUGAAAGGAUUAAUGAACUAAUAAUACCUAACGCGAACAUAGACAAUGAAAUGGAAACUGAUAGUGAUACAGGAAAGGACAACGAAACACAGAUUUUGGGAAAUUUGAAAACUGAAGAUUCAGUUAACACCGAAGUAAAUGAUACUUCUUCAGAAAAUACCGGAAAAGGACGACUGUCGAGGAAUGGUAAGGAAGAACCGAAAGAUCUUAUUACUAUGUCUCCUGGAAGUGAUGAUGCAUCAUUGAAACCAUUCGAUUUUCCCCAUCCUGACGAUCAGGGAAAGAAUGUUCCAUCAGCAAAACAAGUUCAAGAAGAAGAAAAGAAAAUGAAUUGGAAAGUUGGCUAUUUACAUGUAAAGUCACCUCAUAAAUCCAGAGGAAAAACCCACUUAAAGGUGUGGAAGAAACGUUGCGUCUCCAUCCAGCCAGACGAGUUUGUAAAUGAUCCAAAGAAUCCUUGUCUGAUGAUCAGCGUGUACAAUGCGGAAAGCGGGACGUCGAGGAAGCACAACGCUGUCUUCUGGAAAACGGUGUCCUGCCAGAAAGCUGUGGUGUACCGAAGCAGCUCUCGGAGUCACAAAUACGCCUUCACCAUAUCCGACGACAACAAGGCCGUCAUCCACCUGGCAGCGGACAGCGAGACUCUGAGCCAAGAAUGGAUGGCAGCUAUCAGAGCGAUCCUGUGGCCUCCUAGUCCCGUGAUACAGCUGGAGAAAAUGCUUAAUGGAAGUGAAUUCGAAAUAUCUCUGGUUGACAACGACUUUUCCUUCCACGCCGGACUGUUGGGUAUGUAUGGCUAUUUGAGUAUCACCCCGAAGAAACUGAUUCUUUUGCAUCCACAACAAGGUUAUGUCAUACAAGAAUGGUAUCUCAACACGGUGGAUAAGUUCCAGUUGAUGGCUCAAGCAAAAGUGGAAGAUGUCAAUAAAGUUCUCUCCAUGACUACUUGCAGUGACAGCUCAACUGGCAAAGGAGAGAUCCUUAUAUUUUGCAACGAAGCCGUCUCGCUACUACAAGCUCUAGCACAAACCAUACACCAGGUUCUUUCUUAUCACAGUAAGCAAGAUGGAGGAAAAUAUAAGAAAGAACUGGAUGAGAUUGCUGAUUGGUUAAUCGGCCCGACAUCCAUUGACAGAGAAGGACCUGCAGAAGAGUAUUACAAAGUGCCACCUAGACAAGUCAAAAGCCUUUUGGACAUCCCUAAUUUCAUCUUUGCAAAAUCCUUGUCCCCAGUGGCAUCGAUGAUUGAUACAGCAUCGGCAGGAGCAGAAAUCACGAAGCAGAAUUUACAGACAUCGAAGGGAAAUACAUUAAUGGCUUCUCAUGAUUCUGGAAUAUCGGCUGGAAACGCGAUGGACGACUUUUUGAACUGUAGUGUGGCUUCUUUCAAAUUAGGAGGUGGAAACCUUACAGGGAAAUCUUCUGACAGCGAACUAUCCGAUACGUAUUCUCCGCCACAUACACCAGCAGUUCAAAGAAAGCAUCUAAAUGAAUCUAAGAACAAAGAGCCUGUGGAGACAUGAAAAAAAAAAAAAAAAAUCUCGGAGGAAAAUGAUAUUUUAAGCUAAGAUACUGUUCUUAAAAAUAAGUGAGCAUCUAGUCAUAUUUCAUGGUGAGUAAGACAGUAUUUGUCGACAUGGCAGCUUUGAACUUUUUCUUCAUUGACGAGCAGCCCUGAUGGGCCCUCACUGUUAAAUUCAGGAAAGG